CUUGGAGAAAACAACAGGAUCUGAUAAUGAGACAAGUUGCCAUGGCCUCUAUAGGGCGGCGGUGGCGGCAGGAGCACCGUUUGCUUUGUGCUGGCUUGUUGGCAGCUGUGUUCCAAAGCUUGAGCUUUGUAGCGCCCACACUUCGCCGUGGCCUGCUGUUGGGCGGCCUGGCCACCCAGUGGCCUGCGCCAGCGCAUGCGGGACUGGAGCUGAAGACCUUUGGCUCUGGAGGCUUCAAGGAGUACACUGUGGCAGACGCCUUCCAGGUGUCCAUGCCAGACAAUUUCAAGGUCAUUGAAGAACAGCCUUUGAAGACCAUCUGGCAGGGCGACAGGUCUGGUGAGCUGAACACCAUGAUUGCGCAGGCCAAGGUGGUGGAAGCGGACACCCUAGAGAAGGCUUUGGGCAUGGAUGGCCUUGAUCUCAAGGACAUUGGCGAAAAGCUUUCAGAUAAGAGGCCUUUCGGUGGCUCCGACUUUAUGGGCGUGCAAAAGUUAGACGGUGUUGACGCUUAUCGCUUCGAGUUUGUCAACGACAAGAUCCAUGAGUAUAUCCUCUAUGCUUUGCUGAAUUCGGGUUCACAGAAGCUACUGUGCUCUGUGAUUGUCCGUGCUCCAGGUUUGCUCUGGCAGAACAAUAACCGCUUUCAAACUCUGGCCAAGAUCAUUGACAGCUUCAAACCAAAAGCUUAGGGUCCCACGCAGCGGCGCUGCGCCAUGAUUUUCUCUGUAAGAAAAAACA